CGUACUACGUUUUCAUCUGUUUUCAUCAACGGCAAGAAAAAACGAGCAAAAAAAUACCAGAUCUUCUCAAAAUGGCGGCACCUAAUAGUGUGUCGGCUACUGAAGGACAGUCAUGGAAUUCUUGGGCCGAAACUAUCGGCUUCAGGAGUCCAGAAACAGACGAAGAAGCCGAUACAGAGGCAGAGACAGCGAAAAGAGAGAGCGAUGCCAUGAAAUUAAGAAAAGAGGAUAUGGAACUUUUUGGAUUUUGUCCGGCGUGGGAUGAUUUCUAUUUAGUUGUGUGUGAGAUAUGUAACCAAGUCACAAAACCACAGGCUCUGCGAAAUCACUUGGAGCAGCGGCAUGGGAGCAUUGGCAACUUUGGUCGGGGCGACCACACUGCGGACCCAUCCGUGCUCCACCCUUCGGGCGGUGGAAAGUCGUCGGGGCACAGCUCCUCGUCUUCAUCGUCGUCAUCAUCUUCAUCUUCGACGUCGUCGUCUUCCGCGCCGCGACACUCGGGUGGGCAAGCCGGGCGCCCAUCGUCGACGGCAAAGGCUCCGGCUGGAUCCUCACUGUCAGGGAGGCACAGCGGCGCUGCGGAACGGCUAAAACGUAAUAACCACACAAUGGCACCUGUCGUCCGGGUGGAGCGUAUGCCGCUUCCACGGCAGCCCGACGGAACAGCCGCUCGCAACUGCUCGCCUGGACGCGAGAAGGAGUUGCCUUCUCCUCAGCAGCCGCCACCUCUAACCCCAGGAGGGCUGGGACUACUAUCCGGGCCUGGCCCAGGGCAGGCCAAUCACUUGAUGCCGGACGCGAGCGCCGGCAGCGCUUCGGCAGUGGCAGUUGCGACGACUCCCGCUGUGGCACCCGCCCCUGUCAGGAAGGUGCCCUCUGGUGGAGCCUCCGCGGCCGGCACCGGUUCUUCUCACGGGAAGAAAAUUCAACGGGAGAGGAAGCUGCUCCCUUGUAAAGAUCGGGAGUACGACCCAAACAAGCAUUGCGGUGUCCUUAUUGGAGACAGCGGGAAGCCAUGCACCCGCUCCCUCACUUGCAAAACCCACUCCUUGACGCUGCGCCGAGCAGUUGCUGGACGUCGCAAGAACUUCGACGAGCUCUUGUCUGAGCACCGAGCCACAAAGGAAGCGGCCCUCAAUGCCAGCAAAUCAGCGCAUCCAGCAUCGUCGUCGGCCAGUUCAGUAACGGACGGUGUUACUGCGUCACCCGCACCAUCACCAUUGUCAUCAUCUCAUCACACUGGCGGGCCAUCAUCUACUAACGUGGCAGCGUCAUCUGCCGGGAAACACGGGUGCCCCGGUGAAGCUCUUCCAGGCAAUAGGACGUCCGGGGGAUCGGGGCAUGUGCUCGUACGAGCCUCGGGCGGUGGUGGUUCUAAGCAGAGUGUGUUGUCCAAAGGCUCCAGUACGGCUGCUUCCUCGUCUGGAGCCCCUGCCAAGCAGGACCAGCACGCGAAAAGCACCCCAAUGGACACAACACCUGCUGCACAGGCAAGUAGCCAGCCACCAGCCGGUAGCAGCUCUGCGAGCUCAGGAAGCACUGCGCGCCAAAGGCCUGACCACAGCAAUGAUCCAUACGUCUCGCACCACCCAAGGCCGGCGGCUGUGUGUACCUUUGGCCUGAGGCAAAUGGGCAACGGCCUGUUUCUAUUGGAUCGGCGGUGGGACGCAACGCGUUCAGCUCUGGCAUCGGCACUGGGCACCGAUGGCACACAACCACCACCCCUGAAGAGGCUGUGCGUGGUUGGCUCGCGGCUUCCAAAUGCCGCUGGCUCUGGGUACACCAGUUCAAAAGACGAACACCAGCGCUCCGCCGAUCUGUACAGCCUCGGCAGUGUGGCAGUGGUGGAAACUCCAGUCGCAGUGGCCACAUCACAGACUUCAGUGCCGCAUACUCUGGCCACUGCUGUUCGAAGCAGUCCACAUCCAACUGGCACGAGUGGGGGCACUGUGAGCACUCAGGCAGUGCCGACGGCCAACGCCGCUGCCCACCCAGUGUCAAAAGCCACGCACCCAUCGAAGCAAGCCGCUCCGUCCAGGAGUGCGGCGAGCAACUGUGGUGGCAGUAGUAGUGGCAACGUGCUUCUAUCCAGUGGUCCUCGCAAAAAGAAGCCAGUCUCCUCCACCAUCACGGCCGUGGUGACCUCCUCGACUUCCUCGCUGGUCUCAUCAUUGGCCGCGGUCUCGUCGAUGGCAACCGGCACGCCGGCGUCGUCCGUGGCUUCUGCCGUGCAAGUGCCAUUGUCGGGCACGUCGGUGACCUUUCCAUUUAGGACCCAUUUGGGUGCACUGUCGAGACUUCAAGUGUCGGGACAGGGUGUGGUGCCCAAGGACGGAGGAACGGCCAUGCUGGUGACCACGGCGGAUGUGCUCAAUGGGCAGGUCAACAGCAGUGGCUUGCUUCACUCGGUGAAAAUUAGCAAACCGGCGGUGGCCACGACAUUGCUACAGUGUCGCCCCGUCGAUGAGAAGGCUGCGAAGCCGGCUGCUGGGCCUACCCUGCUGAAGGCACGCAAACCGAACCCUCCUGCCUCUGGGCGCACCUCAUCAACAGCACCUGGGAUGAGGAACCACCACCAGCCUCCCAUUUCCCAAGGCUUGGCCCUGCCGGAACUAUUGGCUGCACCACAAGUGCCUGUGCCCACAGCAAGCCAGCUGCCCAAUGGUAUGCCCACGGUACUUGGGCAGAGCAAGCUGUUCUCUGUGCCCAAUCAUUCGGUGCAGGGAGUGCUGGACGGCACCACUUAUCACCAGGCUCAAUUGGUUGCAAAAGGGGCACGGAAUGGUUCGAGGUCGCACCCCGGUCGUGCAGUGCUGCCCGACACAGCGUCCAGCGUCAUGACCGGUUCGACAGCCACGUCACUGCCAGCCUCCAUGGCGAAACAGCAGCUUUACCAGCAGGUUCUAGCUGGGCAGGUGCAAGCUCAGCUGGUGCCAACUACCCUGAAGCUUCCCUUGUUGCUCCCAAACGACGAGCGGCGUCACAGGCCACAGCAGCCACAUCUAAAGGUGCCUGGUGGAUCACUGCCCACGUGAAAUAUUGCCCGACUGCAUCGUCAGUGCAUUCACUUCUCUCGUGUGCCUGUGUAAAUAGGUGGACAACACGGCUCAACUUGAGAGUGCGCGCGAUCCGGAACAAGCUUGCGGACGACGUCACACUUCCCGCGACGGCGGGUCACGGCGAAUGCCCGCCAUAAAGUGCCGAACAGUAACACCCGGUACUGUGCAUCUGGUGGGCCUCCGGAUCCGCAUCCGACGCCAUGCAGCAAUUGACAACCUCCGUUCAGUUGGCACCGUACCCCCCAGCCCUUCAUCACGCGGUAUUCCAAGGGGGAAAAAAAAAUGCCGCGAAUGAACUGCAUCACGUGGUGAAAAAAAAGGGGGUGCCAGGGUGCAUUGCCUCCGUUCGGCAACAACGGUGUGUGUUGUGGUGUUCACAUCUUCGUUUGCCUUGCCAUGACCAAAUUGAGAGAAAUAUGCUAAAUUGUGUGUUUGGGAAAAUUAAAUUGGAUUCUGCGGAGUGAUUUUUUUUGAAGUGACGCUGUAAGCCCACAUUGCAGCAGGUAGAAACGCUCCACUUGCCGGUGAGUUAUGUGCAUCUUACUGUUUUUGUUGCAACCAUCUUGUGGAAUAUCCCCUGUUUGCAAAUGUGCGAGGCUUGUUCCAAAGCUUCCCCCCUUGCCAUCCACAUUUUUUCAGCUAUGCCUUUCUCGCCCAUUUAUUUAAUUUGUGUAAUUUAACAACGUAAAUCAAGAGGUGACACUUUAAUGUGAGUGCACUGUGGCUGUGCUGUGAAUCUUCUUUCCUUUGCAAACUUUUUGAUGUAUUUAACUGCAGGCCACAGUUGGUAAAUUAUAAGGCUCCUUGUUUAGCUUGAGCAAAUCUUGCUUGCAUUGCUUAAAUUAUUUUUUUUAUUCUCUUUUGUGGAGCCUCUCUCCUAGUUGGUUCAUGUUAAAGUGUGCAUUCUUAAAUUAUUGUUUCAUGCAUGUAAUGCAAUUUGCUACUGUUACAGUAUGUCUCAGUGGAAAUUGUGGUUUGCAUUUAAGAACAAAAUCAAAUUCAAGUGAAAGGAAUGAAUCAUAAGGAUCAGUCAAUCGAAAACACUAUCAAGGAGCCUAAAUUUGAAAAUAUAAUUACGAGGGUCUUCGUACUUGUGCCUUGAAUGUAAUUCUGGGAUGUGCUUUCUGGAAUGUGUGGCAAUUACCAUAGAAGUUUUGCUUUUCUGAGAUUGUGCUUUAUAGAAGAGACCAGCUGCGUUCACCACCACCAUUCUGUCGUACCUGACUUGGAACAAACAAGUAUUCUUAGUAAAAGUUGUAUGCCUGCUGCUAGAAGGUUGCGUGCUUUAACAAAUGUAGAUUUUUGAUCUGAUUUUAGAGCACUGCAGCGGCUUGCUCUUCGACGCACUCAUACUGGAUUCAUGCAUCUAUGAACAGCUCUUUUUAGCACUUGUAUUGGAAACCCUAAGAAAUGGAGCAGUGAUGGUGAAUUUUGCUUACUUUAUUCAAGUGCACUUGUAAACAUUUAAUAUCAUUUUCUUCACAUCGUAGAUAGGUACCUUUCUGCGCUGUAUACAGUAAAUAACUCUGGUUCAAGGAAGGGGGGUCAGUGUUAACGCUUAUAAGUAGUCUGUACGCUGGUGUUUCUGUUUAUGCAGAAUCUGUCAUCCUUAUUUAAUAACGGGACUUCCAUCAUGCCUACUGGUAAUGGUGAGCCAAAAUCGCGCCAAUGACACUUCGUCAACUCAUGGCCUGGCAUCGUGCCCAUCUCACCACGAAUACCAAUUUGCAGCAUCCACAGCUAAUGAUCAAAGCCCGCUGUUUGCAACCAACUCGGCGGCAUGCACUUAAUUCAACCUACAUCACGUGUACAUUUUCAAAAAUGAGGGGGAGGGAGAGCAAAGCUAGCAUAACUACGCUUCGAGAGACCACUUGUUGAUUGUAUAUAUGUACAUAGAACCUAGCUCAAUGGCCCAAGACGUAUAAUUGGCUAGUCUGUUUUUGUGCAGGAAAUCAACAGCGCUCUGAAAGUGCUGUCAACAACCGUUUGCUCAUUUUGUUAGUUUUCGAACCUUUUCUGCCACACUCCUAACGUUAAAAUAUUUUCUGCCAUACGCACUGCUUGGAGUACAUAUGUCUAAGGUCAGUCAUUCAUGCUUCCGUUGUAGAUUGCAGCCCCUCUACGUCUCCACAACACGUUGAGGAAUCAUUGGCUCCAAGCACAUUUACGUAUUUCUACCUCUUGUAAAGAUUACCGUACAAUUUUUGAAAUGUAUAGAUGUUUACAUACAUUGCGUAUUACAAAUACUGCCUUACAGACUAACAAGCAGUGCUAUUGCAUGUCCCAAAAGGCAGAUCACUACAGCUUCUUUCCCUAGGAUUCUCAAAGAAACAUUGCUGCUGGGAGUGUGUGUGUUGACAGUUUUUGAACUUGCAAGGUUGUUGGUGAAAGUUUGUUGUUGUUUGACUGAUCAUGUCGCCAAAGGCCCACGUACAAGGUUUCUUUUGUUACCUUGCUUGCUUUGCAGGUGCAAACAACAUGCAAAAAUAGAAAGCUUUACCGUGUUCUGCAUAACCUGUUACAAAGCUGUAAGGUGCUUUCAACAUGUCUUUUUUUUUUUUUCCAUAAAGCAUGAAGGAGUCUAUGAAUUGGCAUAAUAGGUCGUAUUGAGGGAUUUAUUGCUGUAAUUUUUCAUGUUGCUGUCUCUAGAUUUGUAAUCAACAUUGGCAGUUGCUACCGUGCACAAAUCUGACUGUGCAGAAGCGUUUGGUGGCCUCGUGAAACACAUUUUCAAAUUAGUUUCAGUGUGGUCUUGCGUACUGUCUGCCGUGUCUUACAGUUGCAUUUUAGUCCUAGCCAUAAUAUUUUGCAUGGUUGCAGAUCAGAGUGGGCACCCACCACGAAAUGCAUUUUUUUGGCUAUGGUAACAGUGGUGUUAUCGUGCCACAUGAAAUUGGCAUGCUGACAUUCGGCAGAUAGUGCGUCGAAAGGGUGUUGCAAAUGUGUUUCAUGUAGGUACCCCCCCCCAAAAAAAGUGAGCAAUCGGGCAUUGUAAUAUGCAUGAGGGUCGUGUUACACGUCCAUGUUGUUGACAUUUCUUCAUCCUCUCCAAUUUGUGGAGCAGGAACUUGAGAUCUUCCACACCUGCCCCAGGGAAGCCUCUCUAAUAAGCUUGCAUACUCAUGACAGAGGUAAUUACUUGUGCCAUCCCAGUGCAGUUUAUCUGGCCUCAUGUGCCUCCACACUUUGCCCAAGUUGAGGAUUCGAAAACAAAUUGCCUGAAGAAACACUGUAAUGAGAACAAAUUGAGUAACUGAAGAAACAAAAGUUGCAAAUGUCGUAUUCCAGUGGAUGCAGAUUAAAACUUACCAAUUGACAUAAAUUUGGACAAAUUUGCAAGAAGAAUGGCAGAGCUGCACAGUAUCUGCAUGGGGAAAUGCACAGACAAAUACCUCUCCACUCUUAUGCCAUUGCAAGUACAUCACUUCACACAUUAUGCAUCGUCUUGCCAGUGGAACUUGGCUCACAAAUGUUUUUGUUUGAGAUGUUAACAUUCCAAAGUUUUUUCUCAUUGUGAAGAGGAGAGAGAGCAGUUUGUUAAAGAACGCCAAAUGUGUGUUACCUUGUUAGGAUCAACAAGGGCCAGCUGUCAAAUGUAUUGUUUUUUUUUUUUUCUUUUUCUAUCAUUCUGCGUGGUAGCUUUCAUAGACGUUGGGAACAUAGGUUGGCUUGGCUUUGGCUGUCAUUGAAGUUGUGAGCUGCUUGUGAAGGUUGAGAUUGGGUAAAGGAGAAAGCCUCCUUUCUCUGUGUGUGUCUUAAUGUGCAGCAGGCAUCUGCUAUGAACGUGCCGGUGUGCAUUUUUUGUGCCCAUGCUGUGAUUGCGUGUGACUGGAGAAGAGGUCUUGUUUUUUUGUUGUUUUUUACUGUGAUACAUGUGUGCUGAACAAGGGAAAGAGCGUGUAUUAGCGGAAAGGGGGACGCACGUCUCCGAGGUGAGGGAAAGACGAAAGCUUUCCCGGAAUAUUUCUGAACGAUGCAUAAUUUUGUACCACAGAGGAGGAACGGCUCUGCUUUUGAUACAAAGCUUGUGAAAAAAAUAUAUAUAUAACUGUAUUUAUUAGGGCUGCUCGACGUUUUUAUGCAAGUUUUAAGAAGGGUCGUGAUACACAGACCGCCGUGCGCACGCAGCAGGUGAAGAUUUGCCUUUUUUUUUUUUCUCUACCCCUCUCACGCCGUCUAUGAUGAUGCAGCGUUUUUCUAGUCAUCAUAUUAAAAACAGUAGUCUCUGGAAGUGUUUGUCUAAGUUCUGCGAGGGUGUUACCUUCCCAAACGAACUGAAAAGAUUGUUUUUGCUGCUUUUGACGGGAGGCGGCAUCAUAGUGGGUCUACGAGAGAAAGUUGACGAUGUGUGUGCAUGUGUGUGUGUGUUGUACAUGUGUAAAAAAUUGUCCUGUUGCAUUUAGAGCAAGACAAGCCGCAGCUGUCAGCCUUCCCCGGCUGUGUUUCGGAAAAAAGAAAGUCCUCCCCAUCAAUUAUCGCAGUGUACUUUUUUGUCAUUUAUUUCAAACAACGAACAUCGAUCAACUUCUCUGUCAUGUCUAAAAAAGAGGUUUCUGGGUAUUUCUCAUUUGCUGUUCCUGCCAUGAGCAUUGUUUGAAGUUUGGUGUGUAACAUACAACACUUUGGUAACACUGACACACAAGGCCUUUUGUAUAUGCUGUACAUAUAAAUAAAAAGCUAUUUAUCUAUAUAUAUGCCCUACAA